UGCGGGACUCGGGGCGGCGGGCGGCGGGGGCCGGGCGCCGGGGUCCGGCGACGGCAGCGGCGGCCAUGGCCGAGAGCAUCAUAAUCCGUGUCCAGUCACCAGAGGGGGUGAAGCGUAUCACUGCAACAAAGAGAGAAACAGCUGCAACAUUUUUGAAAAAGGUUGCAAAGGAGUUUGGCUUCCGGAACAAUGGUUUCUCAGUUUACAUCAAUAGAAACAAGACAGGAGAGAUAACAGCAUCACCAAACAAAUCCCUCAACCUGUUAAAAAUUAAACAUGGCGAUUUGUUGUUCCUGUUUCCCUCGAGCCUUGCUGGACCCUCAUCUGACAUGGAAACUUCCUCCUCACAAGCAUUACGUGCUUGGGGAGCUCCCAAUGUGGUAGAAGAUGAGAUUGAUCAAUACCUUAGCAAACAGGAUGGAAAGAUUUACAGGAACCGAGACCCACAACUUUGCCGACAUGGUCCUUUGGGGAAAUGUGUGCACUGUGUACCUCUAGAGCCAUUUGAUGAAGAUUACUUGAACCAUCUUGAACCUCCUGUGAAGCAUAUGUCCUUCCAUGCCUACAUUCGAAAACUGACCGGAGGGGCUGAUAAGGGGAAAUUUGUUGCCCUGGAGAAUAUCAGCUGCAAGAUUAAAUCUGGUUGUGAGGGACAUCUUCCAUGGCCUAAUGGCAUUUGUACCAAGUGCCAGCCAAGUGCCAUCACCCUGAACAGACAGAAAUAUCGGCAUGUAGACAACAUCAUGUUUGAGAAUCACACGGUUGCUGAUCGUUUCCUUGACUUCUGGAGAAAGACUGGGAACCAGCAUUUUGGGUACUUGUAUGGACGGUAUACAGAGCAUAAAGACAUUCCUCUUGGCAUUAGGGCUGAGGUUGCUGCCAUUUAUGAACCCCCUCAGGUCGGUACACAGAACAGCCUGGAGCUCCUGGAAGACCCCAAAGCUGAAGUAGUAGAUGAGAUUGCUGCCAAACUUGGCCUGAGAAAGGUUGGCUGGAUAUUUACAGACUUAGUCUCAGAAGAUACCCGAAAGGGUACUGUUCGAUAUAGCCGCAACAAGGACACAUAUUUUCUGAGUUCAGAAGAAUGUAUAACUGCAGGAAAUUUCCAGAACAAGCAUCCCAACAUAUGUCGGCUUUCUCCAGAUGGUCAUUUUGGAUCCAAGUUUGUAACUGCAGUAGCUACAGGUGGUCCAGACAACCAAGUUCACUUUGAGGGUUACCAGGUAUCUAAUCAGUGCAUGGCAUUGGUCCGGGAUGAGUGCUUGUUGCCCUGUCGAGAUGCGCCUGAGUUGGGUUAUGCCAAGGAAUCUAGCAGUGAGCAAUAUGUGCCUGAUGUGUUCUAUAAGGACAUAGAUAAGUUUGGUAAUGAGAUCACUCAGCUGGCCCGCCCCCUCCCGGUGGAGUAUCUGAUCAUAGAUAUCACGACGACUUUCCCCAAGGAUCCAGUUUAUACUUUUUCUAUUUCACAAAAUCCAUUCCCUAUUGAGAACCGAGAUGUCCUAGGCGAGACACAGGAUUUUCACAGUUUGGCUACAUACUUGUCUCAGAACACCUCCUCCAUUUUCCUAGACAUCAUCUCAGAUUUCCAUCUGCUCCUCUUUCUGGUCACCAAUGAAGUCAUGCCUCUUCAGGACAGCAUUAGCUUAUUGCUGGAGGCCGUGAGGACUAGGAAUGAGGAGCUAGCACAGACUUGGAAAAAAUCUGAGCAGUGGGCCACCAUUGAACAGCUCUGCAGUACAGUUGGUGUCCAGCUUCCAGGAAUGCAUGAGUAUGGUGCCAUCGGGGGUUCAACACAUGCCACCUCCUCUGCAAUGUGGGCUUGUCAACACUGCACCUUCAUGAACCAGCCAGGCACGGACCACUGCGAGAUGUGUAGCCUCCCUAGGACCUAACACUCCCCAUCGUCCUCCUGGGCAAACCUGGGGACCAGACUCACAACCCUCUUAGAAGCCAGGAUCGUUUCUCAUGAUUCUUCCCCUGUAAUGAUGCCCCAGUGGUGGGCAGACCUGAAGGAGGGGAAAAGGCUACCCUUGGGUCUCUGUGACCCACAGAAGCAUCUUGGCACUGUUCUUUCCAGAGGGUACCCACUAGAGAGAGGGAUCCAAGGCUGGGUUUUCUGCCAGGCUGAAUUUAAUCUCAAAACUGGAAAUCCCAAAACUGUAUCCCUAAUGCAAGACAUUUAACCUCAGUUUACAGUUUUGCAAUUUGUAUUUGAUAAGAACGGCGCCCUUCUGUGUCACCUGGAUUUUGCUUUUCCUGCAGCCUUCCCUUUUCCUUUUGCAAUUUCCUCCCUUUUUUAUUCUCUUAACUCUUCAUCCCCUCCACUCCUUUACCCCAUUCCCUUUUUAAAAUCUUGUUGGCCCUCUACCUUGUCCUCUACUCCAUUACUAGGUGUUGGACGCCUGCUGACAGUGGUGGAUGCUUCUAACCCCUCAGCUUGGCCGGUCACCUGGUGAGAAUGAGAACCAGCUCAGUCAGCUGAGCUGUGUCUUAGAGCAGGAGGCUUCUUCCCUUGUUGAUUUGCAUGAUUUUUUUUUUCCUUUUUUCACCUUUUCUUUCCUCUCACCAAACUGGGAGGUGAGAUUUAAAGGUCUGAAUUGGUUAUAAGGACAGCAAUUUGUAAUUCCUGCCUACAGGCCCUUUUGGUUCAUUUGUUUUUAUUUUUUAAGAGAAAAAUACUGCACAAAAGGGAGGUGUGAGAGACUACUUUCCACUUCCCUUACCCCCUUCCCUUCUCAAGCUUUCACCUUAAUAAAUCCUUUUUAGGGUGUGUGUUUGUGGAUGGGCGUGUAGGGGUGUGUGUAGGUGUGUGGAUCCACAGUUAGUUAUCCUUUGAAGUAAACCUCAGUGCCUGAGUCUUUCCAUCAAGCUACACAGUAAGGACAGUUUUAAAAGCAAAAAGUCUAGAUUGGGAGAACAGAAGAGUGAGCUGCACCCAGGCAAGUGGAACACUGAAGCUGAGCACUGCAGUUGGGGUUGUUUUGUUUUUUUUUUCUUUUAAAAUUUUUAAUUAGUGCUGAUAGUCCCCUAGGUGUACCAGAGGUGAGCUCAGCUCACCCACAGUAUUCAGUAUUGUGUUCCUACCCACUAACCUUCUCUUCUCUUCCUACUUCCUGAGUCCUUGGCCUUCUGAUUCACUGGCAUGUCAACUGUAGCAGUUCCAGGAGGGAAUUUAGGGUUCUGCUAAGUAUGAGGUCUGCACAAGAUCCCCUGAGAAGGCAGCUGAGGAAGUGACUAAUGAUAGCUAUGGGGAGAAAGAACAGAGGUCCUAUUGGGAUCCCUGCCAUCUCUUUACUGGCCAAGGCUCUGCCUGCAGGUGGGUAGGUACAUCAUAGCCUAGCACCUCCAGGGAAAUUCUUUACAAUCUUCCCCCAUGUUGAGCCAAUUGGCAUGGCAUGGCAUGGCAUGGGCAUCUUAAUUACAUUCUAUCUUGAUGCCAGCUGCAAAUUAUCCUCAGCCUUUCAGCAUAAAGGAAAAUGGGCACCACUAUAGGAUACUUCUGCCACUUCUGCACUUCAUGAUAUUUCUUGCAUAUGCUGAACCCUCUUUUCCUCUUGGGUUCUAGAGAGAAUGUUUGCAUCUGCUAGUUUGCAUGUUGACCUCUGAUGUGUCAGAAAGCUCAGUAUAAACUUUGGCUGAUAUCUUUUGGCAGAAUUGGCUAGUGGCAUUAGCUACUUUCUAGGCCAAGGGUUUGGUUUGGAUGAGUAUGUUUUGCCUGGGCAGUAACUUCUAUGGUGUCGUGUGGUACUGUUGCAAUAGAGGAUACAGAGUGAAGCGUGAAAUCCCGCAUAGGGAAGCACCUCUCCAGGUAAUCUAUUCUAGAGCUGUUGAAAAUGGUGUUGGGGACUGAAUUUUCUUUUGGAAUAUUGACUAUCCUUUUCAGUUUAGACUUAAUUCUUAGGAUUGUUCUGGAGGUUUAAUGCAUCUAGUUAGUGAUCUUCCUUAUGUACACACACUGAAAUCAUUCUCUUCAUUCCUUUUGAAACCAAGUGGAAACUUAACCUUGCUUCCAAGACUUCAUAUCACAAAGGUGGGAUCAGAUCACAGGAAAGAAAGACCCAGACUCCUCCUCUGCUUGCACUAGUCUCCUUUAUUUGCUGUAUUUGUUUCACUUUACUUUCAACCAACUUCUUUUUCCCUCUGAGAAAUUCUGGCAUUUACACAACUUUUUGUCCUCUUGAUUUUAUUUUUCUUUUAGUUUAACUACCUUGGUUCAGUAAUGGACUUUGUGCCAUUAUCCAAAGAAAGCUGUUGAGGGCUAGAUGAAGCUACAAAUAUGGCAACAGUAUUGGUAGGAGAGUCCAGCCCCUAACCCAGCUCCUGGCUGCUUCCUUCAGGGUGGAUGACUGACCCCAGCCCUGCAGGUGAGUCUGAAGGCACAGUCUGGCCUUCUGGCCUUCCUAAAUGCGGGAAGCCUAAACUGGGCUUGUCUCUCCUACCAUUAGUAUAGGCCAUUUUCCUUUUGUUGUCCCAGCCAGAAGCCCAUCUCCCAUGAUGUAGUCCACUGCACUGUCUACAGCAGAGCCAAUAAUGGUCCCAGGAAAGUGGUGACUCACAAGUGCUCAGUAUGGAAGGGCUCAUGCAGGCCAUUCCAGCAGCCCUUUUUGACAGAGAAGAUGUUGGUCUUUUUCUCAGCCCACCUCUUUUCUCCCCUUACAGUUUGCAUACCUAAAAACUAGCUAUCUGGGGGUGUUGGUGCUCCAGCUUUGCUUGUUUGCAGAUGUGCAUUUGUUGGAUUUGGAUUGGAGUUAUCUCAAUUACAGCCCUGUAAGUGAAACCUAAUAAAAGUACCUGAAAUGAC